AUGAGAUAUUUGAUUUUAUUUGCUAUUAUAAUGCUAGCCUUAACAGAAGAUAUUAAGUGUCCAGUUGACAUUGAUACAACUGUUUCAUGUACAAAAGAAUACAAACCUGUUUGUGGUUAUUCUUCUGAAGAUUAUGUAAAUAUUUCUUUAAAUUUUAAGCAACAAGGAACCUUCGAGAAUUCUUGUUUUGCCUGUAGAACAAAAAAUGUAAUUUACUACAAACCAGAACCUUGUCUAGUUUAUAGUGUCCCUCCUGAUACAUCUACUUCAACUAAUACUAACAGUAAUUCUUCAACUGUUAGUUCAACAAAUUCAAUUUACAAAUGUGAUGCACCAAAAGUUGAGAAUCCAAUUUGUCCUGAAUUGUAUAUAUCUUAUAAAAUAUUAUUAGUUACAAAUAGACUUGUGGUUUGUUUAAUAACAACAUUUAAUGUAUCAAAGCUCCAUGUGGACAAGUAUUUAGUAAUGAAUGCUUUGCUUGUGCAAAUGCCAAUGUAGAUACAUAUUUUUUUGGAGAUUGUAAUGAAUUACCAAAAGAGUAUCUAUUAAUUAUAUCCAAUUUUUAGAGAACCCAACUAACCUUCUGAGAGUGAUUAUAUCAAGUGUUCAGAACCAAGACCUGAAAUGUGUACUUUACUGUAUUCAGACACUUGUGCUUUUACUGAAUUCCCAUGUUAUUCAGACUCAUGUAUGAAACUUACUGGAAGUGGUUGCUAGGCCUGCUCAGAUAAAAGUGUUGUGGGUUAUGUAUAAUAGGCUUGCUCAAAAUAUUAGUAUAUAUUACAUUAAAGCUUUAGAUUAAUAUAUCAAUCCAAUAUGGCUGAUGAUCAAGGUAAAGAAACUAGUGAUUUAACUAAUGAUGAUACUUAAUAUUAAUGCAGUUUGAAUAGACCAACUAGUUGUGAUGAUGUCGUUAAUGAGGUUUGUGCUUCCUAAAAAUGCAAUGAUACAAUUUGCAAAAAAGAAUAUUCAAAUGAAUGCUAAGCUUGCUUAGAUUCUGCUACAACUUCUUAUAGUAAAGGAAAAUGUGAUGCAGCUUCAUCAGGAGCCCUCCUAGGUUUAGCUUUCAUCAUAAACCUUUUUAUCUGA